CCGAGCUCUGGUCAUGUGACUCUUCCCAUCGGUUGGGAUUUCUCUCUCGGCAUGGCGGAGAUGAUGGAGCUCGGUCUGCUAUCUAAUGCCAUUUGUUUUUCAUUGUGAGGAGGACACGGGUAUUUUAGUUGUCGGUAAACCGUUCUGCGCCGUUCUUUCCCCCGGUGUCAGGCCAUAAUGGCGGAGCGCGGUGUGGAUGUGUCCGCUCUCCCCCAAGAGGUCCGGGAGCAGCUCGCUGAGCUGGACCUGGAGCUGUCGGAGGGUGACAUCACACAAAAAGGAUACGAGAAGAAGAGGGCCAAAGUUUUAGCACCCUACUUGACACAAACACAAAAUUUGGCUCCGCCUCCGGCCUAUGAUGCAGAGUCUCCUGGUCCAAGCUCCGCCUCUGCACCUGAACCUGGCCCUUCGAACUCGUCCUCCUCCUCUUCUCGCCACCGGCGCACACGGCGUCCACACCGGAGCGGUGGGACUAGAGAUGAACGAUACAGAUCGGAUAUCCACACUGAGGCAGUUCAGGCAGCUCUGGCCAAGCAUAAAGAGGAAAAGAUGGCACUGCCUAUGCCAACCAAACGUCGGUCUGCAUAUGUACAGUCACCAAUUGACAAUUGCACCCCACCAGACUCCUCCUCUUCCUCUGAUGAUGAGGCCGUGUCGAGUGAAAGUACGGGGCCUCAGCAGUCUCCAGACACCUGGAUUAAUAGCUCUCUGCACGGCUCCUCCACCUCUUCCUCUGCCUCCUCCACUCUCUCCCAUGGGGAGUCUCGGCCCACCCAGGCUCCUCAGCCUCAGUCUCAGCAGGUCCCGCCUCCACCUGCACUUGCCCACCCGCCCCACUCCCACUCCCAGCCCUCUGCCCUGGCAGAGGCCUUCGCUCAGACACGCAUCGUAAGAAGAAUAGGACGAGAUCCAGUAGGAGGAGUUGGGCCCCCUGAUGUGCCAUCCCAAGCUCAGGCCAGAGGCUCUCGUGUGGAUCUGCCUGCCAACGCUGUGGUGCGAGGCAUGAGUCGAGGACAGAGCCGGUCCAGCAUGAUGGAGACAGCAGACGUGAGAAGAGUAGGCAGAGGUGUUCCAGUGUCCAGUCGUGUGUCCACGAAGAUCCAGCAGCUGCUAAACACGCUAAAACGACCCAAACGCCCGCCACUCAGUGAGUUCUUCAUGGAUGACCAAGAGGAGAUUGUAGAAGUUCCUCAAGUAGAUCCUAACACCCCGAAGCCAGAAGGACGGCAGAUAAUCCCGGUGAAGGGGGAGCCGUUGGGUGUGGUCAGUAACUGGCCUCCUGCUCUUCAGGCAGCGUUAACUCGAUGGGGUGCCACACAGGGCAAAAGCCCCGCCCUCACAGCUCUGGAUAUCACAGGAAAACCACUUUAUACACUUACAUAUGGGAAACUGUGGAGUCGUAGCGUAAAGCUGGCCUACACGCUUCUCAACAAGCUGGGAACCAAAAAUGAGCAGAUUCUCAAACCAGGAGACCGGGUGGCAUUGGUGUAUCCAAAUAGUGACCCUGGUAUGUUCUGGGUUGCGUUUUAUGGCUGUUUGUUGGCUGAAGUCAUUCCUGUGCCCAUAGAGGUUCCACUAUCCCGAAAGGAUGCUGGGAGCAGCCAGGUUGGUUUUUUGUUAGGUAGCUGUGGGGUGGGUCUGGCUUUGACCAGUGAGAUCUGUUUGAAGGGUUUACCCAAGACCCCCACUGGAGAAAUACUGCAGUUUAAAGGCUGGCCCAGGUUGAAGUGGGUGGUGACGGACUCCAAAUAUCUCACGAAACCUUCGAAAGACUGGCAGCCUCACAUACCGACAGCCAACACAGACACGGCAUACAUAGAGUAUAAGGCCAGUAAGGAGGGCACAGUGAUGGGUGUUGCGGUUUCAAAAGUUGCCAUGUUAACACAUUGCCAGGCUCUAACUCAGGCCUGUAACUACUGUGAGGGUGAAACGCUGGUGAAUGUUUUGGACUUUAAGAAGGACAUGGGUUUGUGGCAUGGAGUUCUCACGAGUGUGAUGAAUCGAAUCCACACCAUCAGUGUUCCAUACGCAGUAAUGAAGGCCUGUCCACUCUCCUGGGUUCAGCGAGUUCACAUACACAAAGCACGGGUUGCCCUGGUGAAGUGUCGUGACCUGCAUUGGGCGAUGAUGGCUCACAGAGAUCAAAGAGACACCAGUCUGGCUUCUUUGCGCAUGCUAAUUGUUGCUGACGGAGCCAAUCCUUGGUCGGUUUCAUCAUGUGAUGCAUUUUUAAACGUAUUCCAGGCUCAUGGUUUGAAGCCAGAGGUCAUUUGCCCAUGUGCUACAUCACCUGAAGCCAUGACGGUUGCCAUACGGAGGCCUGGGGUCCCUGGUGCUCCUCUUCCAGCGAGAGCCAUCCUAUCCAUGACUGGGCUGAGCCAUGGGGUCAUCAGGGUCAACACUGAAGACAAGAACUCUGCUCUCACUGUCCAGGAUGUAGGACACGUCAUGCCCGGAGCAUUGAUGUGCAUUGUGAAACCGGAUGGGCCGCCAAUGCUGUGUAAGACGGAUGAAAUUGGAGAGAUCGUUGUGAACUCUCGUGCUGGUGGAACCAUGUACUAUGGCCUGUCUGGAGUCACUAAAAACACCUUUGAGGUGAUCCCAGUCAAUGCUAGUGGCACUCCUAUUGGUGAGAUCCCAUUUGUGCGCUCAGGAUUACUGGGGUUUGUUGGACCGGGUAGUCUGAUAUUUGUGGUGGGUAAGAAUGAAGGCUUGCUAAUGGUUAGUGGUCGUCGCCACAAUGCUGAUGAUCUGGUAGCGACGGCACUAGCGGUGGAGCCAGUUAAAACUGUGUACAGAGGAAGGAUUGCUGUAUUCUCAGUGACUGUAUUCUAUGAUGAGAGGAUAGUAAUCGUAGCAGAACAAAGGCCUGAUGCCAGUGAAGAAGACAGCUUCCAGUGGAUGAGUCGGGUUCUGCAGGCAAUUGACAGCAUUCAUCAGGUGGGAUUGUAUUGUCUUGCACUGGUUCCUGCAAACACCCUGCCCAAAACUCCCCUAGGGGGCAUUCACAUCUCAGACACCAAGCAGCUCUUCCUGGAGGGGGCGCUGCACCCCUGCAACAUCCUCAUGUGCCCCCACACCUGCGUCACCAACAUGCCCAAACCACGUCAAAAACAACCAGUCGGUGUCGGCCCUGCCUCCAUCAUGGUGGGUAAUCUGGUUGCUGGGAAAAGAAUUGCACAGGCUGCAGGCAGAGAUCUGGGACUGAUAGAGGAUCAAGACCUGGUCAGGAAGUUGUGCAUGUGGCCUACAAUGAUGCAUCAGUUCCUUGCAGAGGCUUUACAGUGGAGAGCACAAACUGAUCCUGACCAUACACUUUAUGUACUUUUGAAUGCAAAGGGAGUGGCAAUAUGCACAGCUACUUGUGUUCAGCUUCAUAAAAGAGCAGAGAAGAUUGCUGCUGCUCUCAUGGAGAGAAGUGGUAUUAACAUUGGAGAGAAUGUGGUGCUUUUGUAUCCACCAGGUAUUGAUCUGAUCGCAGCAUUUUAUGGCUGUUUGUAUGCUGGUUGUAUUCCUGUCACCGUGAGGCCUCCACACCCGCAGAACCUCUCUGCCACCCUGCCCACUGUCCGCAUGAUAAUUGAUGUCAGCAAGGCUGCUUGCAUUCUCACUACUCAGGUUUUAACGAAGAUUCUCAGAUCUAAAGAAGCAGCAGCUACAGUCAACAUAAAAACAUGGCCCAUCAUAAUAGACACAGAUGACUUGCCUCGCAAACGACCUCCCACAAUCUACAAACCACCCAAUGCUGAGAUGAUCGCCUACCUGGACUUCAGUGUCUCCACCACAGGCAUGCUGACAGGAGUGAAGAUCUCUCAUGCGGCGGUGAGCGCUCUCUGUCGCUCUAUAAAGCUGCAGUGUGAGCUGUACUCCUCUCGCCAGAUCGCCAUCUGCCUCGACCCCUACUGUGGACUUGGUUUCGUGCUCUGGUGCCUUGCGAGUGUGUACUCAGGUCAUCAGUCCAUCUUGAUCCCUCCUAUGGAGCUGGAGAGCUCGCUGACCCUGUGGCUGGGCACACUCAGUCAGUACCGCAUCAGAGAUACCUUCUGCUCCUAUUCUGUCAUGGAGCUUUGCACUAAGGGACUAGGUGGACAAACAGACAUGCUGAGGGCACGUGGUGUGAAUCUGUCGUGUGUGAGGAGCUGUGUGGUGGUUGCUGAGGAGCGUCCACGCUUGGCUCUCACACACUCCUUCUCCAAACUGUUCAAAGACCUUGGACUCUCCAUGCGAGCUGUAAGCACUGCUUUUGGGUCAAGAGUUAACCUGGCCAUCUGCCUACAGGGUACCACAGGACCAGACCCCUCAACUGUUUAUGUGGACAUGAAAUCCCUCCGACAUGACCGGGUAAGGUUAGUAGAGCGAGGAGCUCCACAGUCACUUCCUCUCAUGGAGUCUGGAACAAUUCUUCCUGGCGUGAGGGUGAUCAUAGUCAAUCCAGAAACUAGAGGACCGCUAGGCGACUCUCAUCUUGGAGAGAUUUGGGUACAUAGUCCCCACAAUGCAACAGGAUACUACACUAUAUACGGAGAAGAGAAUCUGCAGGCUGACCACUUCAACACGAAGCUGAGUUUUGGAGAUCCUCAAACGCUCUGGGCCAGAACUGGAUAUCUGGGAUUUGUCAAGAGAACUGAACUCACAGACUCCAGUGGAGAUCGCCAUGAUGCCCUGUUUGUAGUGGGCUCUCUGGAUGAGACAUUAGAAUUGAGAGGUUUGCGAUAUCAUCCAAUUGACAUAGAGACCAGCGUGUCACGUGCCCAUCGCAGCAUUGGUGAAAGUGCUGUGUUCACCUGGACAAACCUGCUGGUGGUGGUGGCUGAACUCUGCGGAUCAGAGCAGGACGCUUUAGACCUGGUUCCGCUGGUAACCAAUGUUGUAUUAGAGGAGCAUCAUCUGAUUGUGGGUGUAGUGGUUAUCGUUGACCCAGGGGUCAUUCCCAUCAACUCCAGAGGAGAGAAGCAGCGAAUGCACUUGAGAGACUCCUUUUUGGCAGAUCAGUUGGACCCCAUAUACGUAGCGUACAACAUGUGAGCUGGGUUAUGGGCGAGACAAAGGCUUUCCAGAAAGGUGCUAUGGAGCCUCACAGCUGGGAUCGGGUUCAUAUAAAAAGACAGACUUGGCCCUGUUUUUUCAGGCAUAAGGUGUUAAUGAACAAAAAUUACAAAUGUGUGAGGUGACUGUUUCGGUGAAGGGAUACUAUAAUAGAAUUUCCCUUUUUGCUCACUUCCUUUUGCCCCAGAACCGCCCUUUUUCAGCAAAAUGCCACUUACUGUCUGUCCAGUUCUUGGUCAUGAUUAUAAAUUUACUUGAAGAGCAUAGCUGUUUUUUUCUACUUAAACGCAUUCCUAUUCUAGCACUAACUAGUUUUUUUUUUUUAUUAAAAUGAGCUUAAAGCCUCAGUUUGUAAGUUUUCACCUGGGUUGUUCGAUUCCAAAAUAUUUGACUCUGAUUUCAAGUUUUUGGAAUCAACAGAAACGAUUUCAGGAGUCAGUUCUCAGAAGUAUAAAGGGAGACAAAGUGAAAUCUUAAAAUAGUGCAAUAUAAACUAAUUUAUACUACUAUGAUUGAUAGAGUGAAUGAUGGGAGGUCUUGACGGAUGGAUGGACUACAAAAGGCCUAAGUCGCAUUGAUCAGUCCAGUAAUUAUGUAGGUUCAGCAAUACAAAUUCUGUAUCUUAAAUUUGGGAUGUGUAAUAGUGUGGUAAUCAAGUUAAUGAACACAUUAGGACACCAUGCUUCUGAAUCCCAACAGCAAAGAAUGGAAGAUGAGUUUCUUUUAGGAUCUAGCAUUUGAUGAUUCUGAAUAUAUAUACAGAAUUGAUCUGCAACCCAGCUUAUUAAUGGUGCUGUGUGUUACAGGGCUCUAAAAUGAAACAUUUUAGGACAGCAUUGGGGUAACAGCAUCAAUACUCCCCUGGUCAUUUGUCAUUCAUCAAAUGCUUUUGUCCAAAGCAGCUUACAGUAUACUUAUAACACAGGGACAGUCCCUCCAGAGCAACCUGGGGUUAAGUGCCUUUCUCAAGGGCAGUAUUGAUUAUAGGACAUUUCUGUAACGCUCCGGUUCAUAGAAUGCCCUUACCCAGGUUAAACUCCACAGCUUCAUCACCAUUGUUUUGAAUAACACACAAAUGUGAUACAGAGACUGCAGAUGUCAGCUCAUUUGCUGUCUGUUCUGGAACCAUUUAGCAUUUUAAAUCUUACCACUGGGGCUUUAACAAAAUAUAUUUCAGAUAUGGUAUAUAUACAGUACCUUGCAAAAGUAUUCAUUUUUUGCAAAGUUCAUUUUUUCACGUUUUGUUAUGUAGCAGCCUUAUGUUAAACAUCAAUCUACACUCCCUACACCUUAAUAACAAGGCAAAAAAAUGAUUUAUGACAACUUUGAAAAUGUAUUAAAAUUAAAAAAACGAAAUAAAUACAUUGCAUAAGUAUUCAUACCCUUAACGCAGUACUUGCACAAGCUUUUUGGGUAUGAUGCGACAAGCUUUGCACAUCUGCAUUUGGAAAUUAUCUGCCAUUCUUCACCUCUCAAGCUCUGUCAGCUUUGAUGGGGGGCAGACGCACAUUUUCAGGUUUUUUCAGAAAUGUUUGACUGAGUUCAAGCCCAGGCUGUGACUGGGCCACUUUCACAGGACAUUCACAGAGUUGUCUAUAAGGCCACUCUUGCUGUGUGUGCUUAAAGUCACUGUCCUGUUGGAAGGUGAACCUUCUGCGAAGCCUGAGUUUCUGUAUGCUCUAGACUGGGAUUUCAUUAAGGCCAUCUCUAUAUUUUACUGUGUUGAGCUUUCCUUCUACUCUGACGAGUCCCUCAGUCCCUGCCGCUGAAAAACAGCCCCACGGCAUGAGGGUGCUACGUCCAUACUUUACUUUUGGGAUGGUACUCUGCAGGUGAUGAGCAACCCCUGGUGCUUUGUUGCAAAUUCCAAGUUGGUUUUCAUGUGUCGUCACUGAGGAGAGGAUUGAGUUUGGUCACACCGCCAUAAAGACCGGAUUGGUGGAGUGUUGCAGUGAUGUGUGUCCUUCUGUAAGUUUCUUCCAUCUGCAUAUAUGAUCAUGGAGCUCAGCUAGAGUGACCAUCAGCUUCUUGGUUACCAGUCUAACCAAGGCCCUUUUCCAUCAGUUGCUCAGUUUGGGAAGGAGGCCAGCUCUAGGAAGAGUCCUAGUUGUUCCAAACUUCUUCCAUGAUGGAUAAUGCUUCUGUGAACCUUCAAUGCAGUAUAAUUUUUUCUGAACUCAUCCCCAGAUGUGUGGUUUGACGCAAUCCUGUCUCUACAGGCAGUUCUUUUGAACUCAGGGCUUGGUUUUUCCUCUAAUAUGCAUUUUCAGCUGUUAAGACCUUUUAUUGAGAGGUGUGUGCCUUUCCAAAAUACCCAUUCAACUGAAUUUGCCACAGGUUAACUCCACUUAAAGUGUAGUAACACCUACAAGCGAUAUGCAUGCUCCUGAGCUCAAUUUCAAGUGUCCCAGAUAAGGGUAUGAAUACUUAUGCAAUGAAGUAAUUUCAGUUUUUUAUUUGUAAUAAAUAUGCAAAGUUGUUACAAACAUGGUUUUUCUUUGUCAUUAUGGUGUAUAGAGUGUAGAUUGUUGUGGAAAAAAAGUAAAUUAAAGCAGUUUAACAUAAGACUGCAACAUAACAAAACAUGAAAAAACGAAGGGGUUUGAAUACUUUCGCAAAUCACUGCAUAUAUAUAUAUGUAUGUAUUACACUGAACAA